AAUUGGAGAAUUCAACGAUUUUUAAAACCAUUUAAUUCAAAAACUGGAGAUUAUAAAAUGUCUGAACAACAAAAUCUUGAAACUAGUCAAGUAAUCGAGAAACCUAACCAUCUAGAAAGAACCAGUCAUCUCGAAAGACAAAAGUCAAAAAUUCCAGCUGAAAUAGUUUCAAUCGUCUCUCAAACUCCUACAAUAAAAUCAUUUCUUCUUCGUCCUCCACCUUCAUAUAUUCCUGAAUUCACAUUUCUUCCGGGUCAAUGGUUAGACGUAUUCAUUCCUAAUGUUUCAAUAGUUGGUGGAUUCUCAUUAACUUCUACACCAUACCAGUACAAUCUUACAAAUACGUUUGAAUUAUCAAUUAAAUAUUCAACCCAUCCGCCUGCAAAAUGGUUUCAUGAAAGUGCUAAAAUUGGAGACAGUGUUGAAGUUAGAGUUGGAGGAGAAUUCGUUUGGGAUGAAAAGAAGGAGCAGGAAGAUGGGACUGAGAGUGUUAUGUUUAUUGCAGGAGGAGUAGGUAUUAAUCCCUUAAUAAGUAUGUUCACAUCAAUUUUAGAAGUGGAAAAUAAUACCAAUGUUGAUAACAUGAAAAAUCAAAUGAAGAAAGUGGGUGUAAGGAAAAUUCGAUUAUUAUAUAGUGCUAAAUCCUUUAGCGAAUUAUUAUUUUAUAAUCGAAUUGAAAAAUUACGUAAAGAAUGGCCGCAAGUUUUGGAAUGUAAAUAUUUUUUAACAGGUGAAAAUGUACCACCAUCUCAAUCACCUUUUGCAAGUGAUGGAAGUGAGGUUUAUUAUGGACAAAGAAUAAGUCAAAAAAUUCUCGGUGAUAUUAUUAUGAAAGAACGUGAAAAUUUAGAAAAAUUUAAGUGUUUUAUUUGUGGCCCACCAAUUAUGCGAGAUGAUUUAAUUUGUUGGCUGAAAAGCGCAGGCUUAGUUGAAAAGAGGAUUCUUUUGGAGAAAUGGUGA